GCCUAGGAUAGUCAAUGAAGUGGUUGCUGGCCUCACGGAAGCACAAAAAAAGUUGUUCGUUGAAAAGGACUUUGGCGCCAUGCUUUCACUCCCAGAGAUUGUGAACGUGGACCGCCAGUAUAGUUUCUGGAAUGCGACUAGGAUAGAUCCGGUGAGGAAAAUAGUCCGAAUGGGCGAUGGCAGUUCUCGUCCGGUGACGGCUAGCGCUGUUAGGGACGUAGUCGGGCUGGGUAUGGGUGACAGGGAGAUCCCAUUCCCGCAUGAACCGAGCUGCGUCGAUCGGGAUAUCUUCAAAGAUGUGUGCGUCGGGUUGGGGCUUGCUGAAACGGUGGAUAGGAUUAGCUUGCAGAUGCUACAGUCUAUUCUUGCUUCCCCCGGUGAUCUGAGUAUCGACUUUGAGUCCAACAGGCAGUGUGCUGCAUUUGCUCUUCUUUGCACUACUUGUUUGUUCAACCCCAGAGUGAAUCAGAGGGAGGACCCGAUCAGCCCGGAAGUUUUCAUUGUUGUGCGUGAUCCAUCCAAGAUGUCUGAAUUUGAUUGGUGUGGAUAUAUUAAAAAUGUUAUCAUGGCUGGGGUUAGUAAAAUGCACGCAGAUCUGAAGGCCGGUGCAGUGGCAAUGCAGCUACAAGGGUUCGUGAUGAUUCCCCAGAUAAUCACAUUUGACGCGAUGGUGGCUGGGCGUGGGUUGCAACCAGGGCAUCCCCGCAUAGCGUUGUACACCGCCUCAGACUUCCAACUACUAGCUGGUGUGGACGCUGAUCGUCGGGUUAUAGGGGGGCACAGGUUAUACGGCAAGGCGAGGUUGAGGCCUGUCAGUGAGGAUGUCGUUGCUGAGGACUUGGCGAGCCAGGGUUUUGCUCCUUCUCUGAACAAUGGCGCUGCUGCCGUUGCUGCCCCAACUGAAAAUGUCAUUCCGUUGUUGGAUGUGGCCAGGUGGCAGACUGAGGUGGUAGAUUAUUUGAGUGAUGUGAUGAAUGCACACAUCUCCUCUGUUAGUGAGGAGAACAUGAACUUGAGAAACCAUGUUGAGUCUUGCAUGACCAGUUUGCUUGCAAUGAUUGACGGGCGCAACGCCAGCAAUGUCAAUUCGUGUAGUGAGAUGUUGGGGGGUGCGGUUUCAAGAGUAGGCGACUGCAGGCUGCGGGUGGUGGGUGGUGAGGUUCGCUUCGUUGAUAGUCAUGAACAUAAUACGAGUGCUCUGGCUGAUGCCACCGGGAAAAGCAAUAUACAGGAGGCAACAGGUCCAUCCACUUAUAGGCUCGUGAACCCGACUAUUAGGAAGCGCCUUGGAACGGAUCUGAUGACAAACUUGGGUGCUGCCACCGCCCUCUCACAGAGCAGUUUGCUUGGGUGGUUUCCUGUGGCUCCACCAAGUAAACGCUCAAGGAUGACGACUGACUACUCGAUUGCAAACCCGAUGGGGGUAGCUGUUUCUGAGCUGGAGGGGAAGAGAAGAGAUGAUCGUUUCUAUGCGAAGGCCAUGGAUUCAUCGGUUAAUGAUUUGUCUAGGGUCUGGUUCAAGCAUCGGCGCCCAUAUCACAUUGAGAUGACUGGUGAGCAGGUGGUGGAAGAGUUUCGCAUCGAAAAUGAUCUUGCAAGUAAAGGUCUUGACUCAAUUCUUCGUUUGGGGAUCUGCCCGCCCGCGUCAGGGAGGCUGAUCAUUGGUCCUGAUUGGGAGUUUAAAGUUGCAUACACUGCUGGGUACUGGAGGAGGGCAGAUGUCCGUGCGAUGUUUAAUGAACUACCGCCGGGGCUUAAGUGCGAAGUGGCCCUGGUGGUGGUGUACCUUGGUCAAGGAUGGAGUCUAUAUGCCUUUGACGUUCUCCGCAGGGUUCUUCAUGUGAUUGAUCCGAACAUUUGCAAGCCUGGUGAGAGCAAGAUCAAAGCAAAACACUUGCGGAAUGCGGGGGAGCUGCUAGAUGGGUUCAUCAAGUGUGGUGACAUGUUCUGGGGCGAGGGGAAAGUGCCGAACAAUGGAUGGUCUUACUGUUUCCACGCUACAUGUACCUAUGAGAGUACGGACACGGCGAUGCAGGUGGUGCACCACAUCAUCAACUUUGUCCCUGGACAGCAUCCAAUGAACUUGACUGCGGGUGCAUCGGUUGCUCUCAAGAAGAAGCUCCUUCAGUCUGUCCUCACGAUGGCGGGUAAUGAUGGCAGCCUCCCACGCCGUGUCGAAGCAUGAUUGACAUUCCGGAAGGGCUGGUUUACCACAUAGUUUAAAACUCUGUGCCCUGCGUAUGUUGCAACCGC